AUGUUGGCGGUGGCUUUGGUGCACUUGGCCACCGGCGAAAACACGGUCAGCUCGGGCAAACUGUUGAGUGGUCCCCCACCACCUCCGCCACCUUCCUCGAGCACGUCGCUUGGAAGUUUGUACCGCAGCGCCCGGGACGACUACAACGCCAGAAGGGCCUGCUCCAACUGUGGUCCCGGGUACGAGCGGGACAUGCGCACCUAUGGGCGGCGCGGAAUCGUCGGAUACUACAGCGGCAUGGGUCCGAUCGAGGACGAUCGCAACUGGUACUACCGUCCGGAGGUGUUUGACGAUCGGAUGCGCGGUGGUGGCGCCGGAUAUCAGCAGCCAUACAAUGGUGGUGGCUACCGACAGCCUGCCUACAUGAUGGGUUACGAGUACGAUCGCUAUAUGCAACGUCCGGACGAUCGCGGAUAUCCAGGCUAUGGCUACCCGGGGAUGGGCAUGAACGGCGGCGGUGGAUUCUACGAUCCUGGCAGUAGCCGAAUGGGUCAGUAUCCGGAGAUGAUGCGAGGCUACGGCUACCGCGGGAAUGGCUACGACAAUCUGGAUCCACAGUACGAGUACUACAUGACGCAACGAGGUGCCGGCGGUAUGAGCAGUCGAGAUCGCUACUACCAACCGCAGGGAUAUUAUGAAGACCGCAUGAGCUACGGAGGACAGUACGAUCAGAAGAAUUUCCGCCCCUGGGAUCAAACCUACAGAGGAAUAUCUGGUUUUGAUAAUUCUGGACGUGGUUAUUAUUUUGCAAGUCGUCCCCCGACCUCCUCCUCACCAUCAUCACCAUCAGCACCGUCCCCCUCAUCGCCAUCAUCGUCACCUUCGUACUCCGCACACGCCUCAUACCAUGUCCAAGCCCAACCGGCUGCCGCCCCAUCGGGCUACGGAAGCCCGGGUGGCCACGAGCCGGCUCAUCGACCGGUCGGUGGCGGUCAUCAGGGUUAUCGGCCGGACUACCAGCAUCACGGAGGCCCCGAUCGGCCCGACUACCAGCCGCCGGCCGACUCCGGCACCAACUGCUGUCGAAACCGAUACCCGGAGCAGUCGCCCCAUCACCAUUCCGGCCACGGUCCAUCGGGACCGAGUGCGGCCUCGGGCUACGGAGACGGAGCCGGUGGAAGCCACGGUCGACCGACAUCGUCUGCCGGAACGUGGAGCUACGUGAGCAGCGGCCCGACCGGUGUCCAACACCACGCCAGUAGUGCUCAGGUAUCGUACGGAGAGCAUUCCGGAGGCGGAGGAGGCCCGGGCCAGUAUCCCGGUGGAAGUGGUGGUGCGUCCGCACACGAAUCAUCGUACGGCGGUAACCGAGGGGGCAGCAGCGACCAUCGUCGGGAACCGGACAGUCGCCAUCAGAGCACUGCCUAUGGUGGACGUCCGAGGCCAUCAUCGGCGAUAGGUGACACGAGCUACCUGAUGGACCGGGCCGAUGGCAGCGACGACGCCAAUCGGGUGCCCACGGACCCGGCCCACAAACCGACCGACAACGACAACGACGAUGACACCGCCAUCCGUGCCAAACCGGAAUCGAACGCUCCGAAAAACGCCCACACUGAGCCGGAGCAGCCUAGCUCGACUAAUAAUGCCGGCUCCGAAUCGAGCGCACAAAACAUCGAUCGCAGUGCAUAA